AUUCCUAGUCCACCUCAACCAAGCUUCCAACAAAUCCUCCUAUUCAUCUCCAACUCCUACCUCAAGGCACAUGACUCUUCAUCAUUUUCCAUGUGCUCUCUCUUCCUACUCAUCAAGAAUUCUCCAAGUCAUCUACUCCAACCAAUAAUCCUCCUCACAUUCAUCCAAGUUGUCAUAUCAUCACACAAGACUCUCAUGAUUCCUUACUUUUCUCACCUUCCAACUCAACAAAGCUUUCAUUCCUCCUCCUCUCCUUCCUUUCCAACUCAUCCAAGUUUCUCUCCAACACCACAUGGUCUACAACUCCAAGUCACCAAAGGCUCAACAACUAUCACAUGCUCCACUACUAUUCAUCUUCACCAAGAAUCCUCUCCAACUUCUCAAGAAGUUUCUCAAAGUACAACAAGGCAUCUCCAAGCUCCUCUCCUCCAAGCUCCCCUUCAAGUCUUCUUCAAGCUCCUCAAGCUCACACCACUACAAAGGCUCCUUGUUAGCAUUCAUGUUCUAUGUCUCUAGAGAUGGUAUUACCAUGCUACCUUUCUUCCUAGACUACUAUGAGUGGUCUCUUUCUCAUGCAUGUCCUUGUAUCCACCAUGGAUUAUAAGGCUUGUACUAUACCCUAUUUCAUAUAAGUUU